CACAUCCUAUGUGUAUGUAUCACAGUAAGGAGUGGUUGUAGCUUUGUUUUUACCAGCCGUUAUUUAGUCUAAGGACCAGCAUGUUGUGCUGGAUGUUAGCAGGUAUGAGGUCAUUAGUAUGACAAAAUUAGAGCUCAUGAUAAUUUACUUCUUCACAUGUUGGUAACUCGUGAGCUCGUAAACACUGCAAACCUUUAACAUUUCUUUGCUAAAUCUGCACAACCAUUUGAUGGUCGACUUCUCCUAAGUGGUCUGUUUACAAGAAUCGUGUAACAUCAUAAUGGCAGCCUCAAGUUUCCUAAUUUCCUAUGGUGUCGCAUGUAAGUCAAAUAAAAUGUACAGCUUGGCAACAUCACACAUUUAUCAGUUUCAGUGAGAGCUUGUGCGAUUUGCUGCGAUGUUUGUUGCUAUUUUUACGUGAUGAUGACAUCUUAAGACUUGAUGCAUCAUCAGUUAUAAUUAUUAUUUGUCUUGUCACAAAACUGCACCUGUAUUGUGCAGUGAUGUUUUUGUAGUUCAUUGUUUAUGCGUUGUUUAGAGUCUGAAAUGAAAAUGUGAACUGUGGAAGCAACACACUAUCGUCCAUUCAUUUUAAGCAGCUUUGGCUUUAGACGAUGAUGUGAAAGGACUCCUGCCAAAUGUCUCUGCACUAAGAAUAAUUUAUUAAUCAAAUAUCUGUUAGAUUUAUCGUGCAAAACAGAUAACAGACAUUUUUACCUACAGUGAGAAAGUGGUUUAGUGCACUUGGGGGUGUUUACUUUAAUGUAAUUGAGUGACCGACUUGUUCUUUCUGCUCAGAUAUCAAAUAUUCCUUUACUUGGGGUUUGUAGGUCUGUAAAUGCAGUGUCAUGCAGUGUAACCGGAUUUUUCAAUAUAAUGUGACCCAACAUGGUUCGUGUUACUGUUGUGCGUCCACCUGCUGAAACUGAUCCACAUAAUGGAUCGGUAAACAGAGUUGUGAAAGACUGUGGAUGCGUUCCUGUCAAAACCUGAUCAGACUGGCUGUCUUUGAUUCCUAUGGUCUGGUGCUGUAAGUGGCUCUCGGCACGCAUUGUUUUCAGGUAGGAGUAAUCGAAGGAUUCGCCUCCCGACAAACUGGUUAAAAGGCACAUUAAACAGCCGUUCUUUAUGCCGCAAUAAAGGCUUGCCUCUGGUACUUUCAGGAAAAUCAAGUUCCACAGAGAAAUGUUAUUGUUUGGCUGCAGGUACGAGUCGCGGGUGAUUUUUGUAUGAAAGCGUUUGUUAUUUAACAGCUUAGCUUCAGGGUGUGUCGCGACUUCGGUGCUCAUUGUGAUUAGUGGAAAGUCUAGGAGCCAAGAUGACAUUUUUAAAGCCAAGUCAUGCGGUUACAUUAGAAGGCACCGGCCCACUUCGAUACCACAUGUAGCAGUGUGUUGUGGGUUACCACUGUACACACAAGGCUGAUGAGACGAUGUAGUAGGUGUGUUUGUAAAAGUAAUCAGUGUACUGUAGUCGUAAGAUGUGUUGGACAUGAGUUUCCUGUGUUCACGUCCUGGUGAUUCAUAAGUAAAUGAUAAAGAAGCUUCUUUAACAUCUUACAUUUAUAUAUUUAUAAACCGGUGAGUGAUAAGCUCCUUAUUGUAGUAACACACACACACGUCAUUCACCCACUCAGGACUUCCCCUCUUACUGCAGGUCCACAGACCACAUUGUCACCUGAGGGCUGGUGCUUUGCAGGAGAGUUGUCACAAUCCCUGUGGUGGAAGUUGAAUUGCUUGUUUUAGGAAAAACACGAUCGCUGUUAUUGUUUCACUGGAACACACCUGAGCAGUAAGCAGAGCCCUUCCUUGAAGUGGGCGGGGUCAGUGGCGUGGGCGGGCUCAGUGUUGGAGUCAACUUAAGGCUAGUGAGUGCUUUAACUCGGCAGCAGAAUGCACCAGGGAGGUUUAGUGUGGAGUCGUCGGUGGGGCCAGUAAGAGCGCGGUGAAUCCAGCUGAUCCCGGAUCCCGACCACAGCGCAUGGAGAGUCUCUCAGCCUCAGCCCGCGGCCGACUCAGCGCCUGACCACGACCGGCGAAGGGGCUCAGAUGGUCCUGCCACUCGGCGGCGCGUAGCAUUCCAGGACAUUGUUAAGGGCAGAAUGAGUGGUUUUGUGGGCGCAGGUCGCCUGGACAGAGCUCCGUUCUCCUGCUGAGUCGGCCCGAGGCAGCAUCCGUGUUACAUGUGUACAGCCAUGAAGUUCAACGGGUGCACACUGCAGGACACGCCUGGGGACCGCAACAAAGUGUGGAAAUGGCACAUUCAGGACCCCGCCAGCCAGAGACUGACGUGGAACAAGCCACCAAAAAGUGUCCUUGUCAUCAAGAAGAUCCGAGACGCAACUCUGCUGGAGCCUUUUAAGGAGCUCUGCAUAUUCCUCACAGAGAGGAAAAGCAUGAUUGUUUACGUGGAAAAGAAGGUUCUGGAGGACCCGGCUAUUUCAGGGGAUGAAAACUUUGGAGCUAUUACCAAGAAAUUCUGUACCUUCAGAGAAGAUCUUGAUGACAUCUCCAAUCGUGUAGACUUCAUCAUUUGUCUCGGCGGUGAUGGAACCUUGCUGUAUGCGUCUUCGCUCUUCCAGGAGAGCGUUCCACCAGUUAUGGCCUUUCACCUGGGCUCCCUGGGCUUCUUGACACCUUUCAAAUUUGACACCUACCAGUCUCAGGUCACCCAAAUCAUUGAAGGUAAUGCUGCUAUUGUCCUCCGAAGUCGCUUGAAAGUCCGGGUUCAUAAAGAGAACUGGGAUAAGAAAGCCAGAGUGGACGACAAGGGGAUCAUCCUGACCAAUAGGGACAUUGAAAAUGGCCACAAAGCUGUGCAAUAUCAGGUACUCAAUGAGGUGGUGGUGGACAGAGGACCCUCCUCCUAUCUCUCCAACGUUGACCUCUUCCUGGACGGACACCUCAUCACUACAGUGCAGGGAGACGGCGUCAUCGUGUCUACGCCUACAGGCAGCACGGCGUACGCGGUGGCAGCAGGAGCCUCUAUGAUCCACCCCAACGUCCCCGCCAUCAUGAUCACCCCCAUCUGCCCGCACUCCCUCUCCUUCAGGCCCAUCGUGGUGCCUGCCGGAGUGGAGCUCAAGAUAAUGCUGUCACGUGAUGCCAGAAACACGGCCUGGGUGUCGUUCGAUGGAAGAAAGAGACAGGAGAUCUGCCACGGAGACAGUAUUACCAUCACUACUUCCUGCUUCCCUGUUCCUUCCAUCUGUUUCCGUGACCCAGUCAAUGACUGGUUUGAGAGCCUCGCCCAAUGUUUACACUGGAAUGUGAGGAAGAAGCAGAACUACCUCAGCUCAGAGGACGAGGAGUUCUGAGGCCACGUUCACCUUUACCAUCUCUAAGGUUCUCCCAGGUCUCCAGGACCGCGUAGGUCUUGGUUUAAGCUUGACUGCGCUCUCUGUGCUGUCUUUUAUGGAGGAAAAUUCUCCGAACUCAUUUCAAGAGUCAGGAUAAUGUUGUUUUGGUUUAGGAAAUGUUGAGUGUAAAAACACAUUUGUUGCUGUUGUCACAGUUGUGUUUUUGUGAAAUAAAUGUAUUAAGACGCAAACUUUAAUGAUGAAAUAAUAGAAUAAGACAUUUAAUUAAAUAAUAAUCUGCCAAAAAUAUACAUUAUAUUUAAUGUUACAAAGUUCCUUUUUUCAAACGUUCGUUUUUAUUCUAUAGUAUAUAUUUACAUAAAUGUAAUUCUAAAUCUCAUGUUUUGAAUGAAGCAGUGAAUUAAAGUGAGAUUUUAGAAUAUUUGUACUAAUUAGAACAAACUUAAGAAAAAGGGGCUUUGUUCCAUUAGUGUCUACAUGAAAUUGAACAUGUUACAAUGAAACAUGCAGAUGGUCAAAUAGUUGAAUGUUAGACGUAGCAGCAUUAAUACGCUCCCCACAUUCAUGUUUCUCAUGUCUAAGCACCACAGAAUGGUAGAUUUAUUUUUAUUUCUUUUAUCUUGGACUAAAAGGCCCAAUAUCAUUUGUGGAUUUCAAUUAUUACAGUGUAGUUGAUAUGUUAUUGGGGCUGUAUGAGUACAUUUUAAUCUUUAAGGUCAAGGUGGCAGAAACACAUCUACUCAGUGAACAACAAACGUUGGGCAGGCUGUACCCCAAUAUUUUAAAAUUUUAUUAGAUGAAUCAGGAAAAGGUGAUCUAAUGCCAUGAGAAAAUGAUGUUGUUUUACGUAGCUUUAGGUGCGUUUCUUUUAUGAUUGGCAGUAGUCGCCCAACUCUCCAGAAUGUGCCUUAAACACUGGUAUCAUUAAUGUAUAGAAAAAUUAUUUUUUUAAACUUUGCAUCAUGGUCAUUUUUAAAAUCGCACACUUACCUACACCUGUGACUCGUACAUUUUUAUUGUAACGCGUCGACUCCUGACUAAUUAAAUGAUGUAGUAUUUUACAUAGUGGCUGUUGUGUAGUCGGAAGGCAUUCAUUAUUCAUUCCAAGCACCCAGACCACAGUUUGAUGUCGGCAGCGUCUUUUAAAUGUUUCUUCUUUAAGCCAUAGUUCAACUCUCUGUAGUUUUUAUAGACCAGUAUCUGUGUUUGAUGAAGGAUUGAACUAUUAGACACUUGGUGCAUCUUUCAUAUCAGUUUGCUGCCGGUUUGCUUCCGCGCAGCCUUUGAAUACUUUGGUGGCCUAUCCUACAUACAGUAUCUGUUUUGAUGGUAAUUUAUUCAUUGUGAAUGACUCAAAAAAGUUGAACAACUGUGUCACCUGUUAACGCUAAAGAAGGACCAACAAGCUCUGAAUGGCAAUCAUUCCUAUAACUGAUUAUGUACAUACACGUGAUGCUUGAAUAUGUAUUUUGUCUAUGUUUAUUAAGCAGUUUACAGUGUGUCGUUGCUGAAAAUAAACCUAUUUGGUACUUUUCUAAUAUUAAAAACUUCUGUUAAUUCUCUUUGAAGGGUCAUUUUAAGCUAAAGUCUCCAACUUUGUAAUCGAUCAGAAAAACAUUGAAAUGAAGCCAAAGUCAGCUGAAGGUCUGAACACUGGUAUAGUUAAAAUGUUGUUACCUUUUAUUCAGUUGCAGGAAACCCCAGCACUACAAGAACAAUUGUCAACUCUUGACUUAGUGCUUUUCCACUUUUGUAACAUUUUCUUAUUAGAAUACUAUUUUUUUCCCCAGAGCACUUUAAUAAACGGACAAAGUUGAAGUGUG